CAGCUUUGCUUCCCCGGCUCCUCUCUGCAUCCUCCCCAACCUGCCAACAACAUGCACCUUGCCAGUGUGGUCAGCUCCUGCUCCCUCCUACUGCUAUUGGGGGCCCUUCCUGGAUGGGCGGCCAAUGAUGACCCCAUUGAGAAGGUCAUUGAAGGAAUCAACCGAGGGCUGACCAAUGCAGAGAGAGAGGUGGGCAAGGCCCUGGAAGGCAUCAAUAAUGGAAUCACUCACGCUGGAAGGGAAGUGGAGAAAGUUUUUAAUGGACUUAGCCACAUGGGGAGCCAGGCCGGCAAGGAACUGGACAAAGGCGUCCAGGGGCUCAACAGCGGCUUGGACAAGGUAGCCCAUGAGAUCAACAGUGGCAUCGGACAAGCAGGAAAGGAAGCUGAGAAGUUUGUCCAUGGGGUCAACAACGCUGCUGGACAGGUUGGGAAGGAGGCAGACAAAGUGAUUCAGGGGGUCCAUCAUGGGGUCAACCAGGCUGGGAAGGAGGCGGAGAAGUUUGGUCAGGGGGUCCACCAUGGGGUUAACCAGGCUGGGCGCGAGACAGAGAAGUUUGGUCAGGGGGUCCACCAUGGGGUUAACCAGGCUGGGAGCGAGGCAGAGAAGUUUGGUCAGGGGGUCCAUCAUGGGGUUAACCAGGCUGGAAAGGAGGCAGAGAAGUUUGGUCAGGGGGUUCAUCAUGGAGUUAACCAGGCUGGAAAGGAGGCAGAGAAGUUUGGUCAGGGGGUCCACCAUGGGGUUAGCCAGGCUGGGAGCGAAGCAGAGAAGUUUGGCCAUGGGGUCCAUCAUGGGGUUAACCAGGCUGGAAAGGAGGCAGAGAAGUUUGGCCAGGGGGUCCACCAUGGGGUUAACCAGGCUGGGAGCGAAGCAGAGAAGUUUGGCCAUGGGGUCCAUCAUGGGGUUAACCAGGCUGGGAAGGAGGCAGAGAAGUUUGGUCAGGGGGUCCACCAUGGGGUUAACCAGGCUGGGAGUGAGGCAGAGAAGUUUGGCCAUGGGGUCCAUCAUGGAGUUAACCAGGCUGGGAAGGAGGCAGAGAAGUUUGGUCAGGGAGUCCACCAUGGGGUUAACCAGGCUGGGAAGGAGGCAGAGAAGUUUGGCCAGGGGGUCCACCAUGGGGUUAACCAGGCUGGGAGCGAAGCAGAGAAGUUUGGCCAUGGGGUCCAUCAUGGGGUUAACCAGGCUGGGAAGGAGGCAGAGAAGUUUGGUCAGGGGGUCCACCAUGGGGUUGACCAGGCUGGGAAGGAGGCAGAGAAGUUUGGUCAGGGGGUCCACCAUGGGGUUGACCAGGCUGGGAAGGAGGCAGAGAAGUUUGGUCAGGGGGUCCACCAUGGGGUUAACCAGGCUGGGAAGGAGGCAGAGAAGUUUGGUCAGGGGGUCCACUAUGCUGCUGGGCAGGCUGGGAAAGAGGGAGACAAAAUAAUCCAAGGAGUCCACCAUGGGGUUGACCAGGCUGGGAAGGAGGCAGAGAAAUUUGGCCAGGGACACCACCAUGGGGUUAACCAGGCUGGUAAGGAGGCAGAGAAGUUUGGCCAGGGGGUCCAUCAUGGAGUUAACCAGGCUGGAAAGGAGGUGGAGAAGUUUGGUCAGGGGGUCCACCAUGCUGCUGGGCAGGCUGGGAAAGAGGGAGACAAAAUAGUCCAAGGGAUCUAUCCUGGGGUCAACCAGGCUGGGCAGGAGGUGGAGCACUUUGGCCAGGGAGUUCACCAUGCCAUUGAACAGGCUGGAAAGGAGGCAGACAAAGUGGUCCAAGGGGUCCACGAUGGGGUCAACCAGGCCGGGAAGGAGGCAGAGAAAUUUGGCCAAGGGGUCCACCACGCUGCUGGCCAGGCUGGAAAGGAGGCGGAGAAACUUGGCCAAGGUGUCCACCAUGCUGCUGGCCAGGCCGGGAAGGAGGUGGACAGGUUGCCGCAGAAUGUUCAUAAUGGGGUCAACCAAGCCGGCAAGGAGGCCAACCAGCUGCUGAAUGGCGCUCAUCCAGGCGUUUCCACUGGCCAGCACCAGCACGGAGGGGGCGCAACCACCACGUUAACAUCUGGAGCUUCGGUCAACAGGCCUUUCAUCAGCUUCCCAACUCUGUGGCAGAGCAUCGCCAACAUCAUUCUCUAAACUGAUGCACUGGCCUCACUCAGCAGACUGACAUUCCUGUUGUCAUACUGGCUGAAAUGACCUGGGGGACCUGGGGGUGGGGGGGACAGACUUCCUGAGUCCGUAAGGGGGCUGUACUGGGAUUUGUGAAUAAAUACGACGCCUUAUA